AUGUCCUUAGUUUCGGGUCCUGGUAGGGCUGCUGGGACUGAAUCCAGCUUGAACCUUAGUGUCGAAAGACAUGUGGAUUACAUCAAGAACUUGGACAGCAGGAGGGAUGAGCUAGAAUAUUGGCUUACAGAACACCUUCGCCUGAAUGGGGUGUAUUGGGGCUUGACAGCUCUACAUCUCCUUGGCCGUCCCGAUGUCCUUCCUCGUGAAGAUACCAUUGACUUCGUUCUCUCGUGUCAACGGGAGAAUGGAGGCUUCGGAGCAGCUCCGGGCCAUGAUGCACACAUGCUGUACACAGUGUCGGCAGUGCAAAUUCUCGUAACCCUAGAUGCGGUGGAUGAGCUGGAGAAGCGCGGUCUAGGAGGAAAGGAGAAGGUUGGCUCGUUUAUCGCAGGGCUACAGGACAAAGACACUGGCGCUUUCAUGGGUGAUGAAUGGGGUGAGAGAGAUACACGCUUUCUGUAUGGCGCGUUCAAUGCACUCUCCCUUCUUGGGCUUCUUCACACAGUUGAUGUACCCAAGGCCAUUUCCUAUGUCCAGCAGUGUGAGAACUUGGACGGUGGCUAUGGCAUCCAACCUGGAGCUGAGUCACAUGCCGGUCAAAUCUUCACUUGCGUAGGAGCUCUGGCAAUCGCCGGACGACUGGACUUGGUAAACAAGGACCGUCUUGGGGGCUGGCUCAGCGAAAGACAGGUUGAAAAUGGUGGUCUGAACGGAAGGCCCGAGAAACUGCCCGAUGCAUGCUAUAGCUGGUGGGUUGGUGCGAGCUUGGCUAUGAUCGACAAACUCCACUGGAUCGAUGGUGGCAAGCUCUCUGCUUUCAUCUUGCGCUGUCAGGAUUCGGAGGCUGGAGGCAUCGGAGACAGACCAGGCAGCAUGGUUGAUGUGUUUCACACCCAUUUUGCCAUCGCUGGUCUGAGUCUGUUGAAGUUCAAUGGCAUCCAAGAAGUAGAUCCAGUCUAUUGUAUGCCGAAGGCAAUUACACAGAAAUAUCUGCAACGGUAAUCUUUGGCUGUAUGAUGACAUCACCUCUUGAGUAUUUUUUCCUGACGUAGGCCUCACCUCCUGCAAUCUAAUAACCCGUUUUUCUUUUUCUCCAUGGAUUAUGGGAUACAAGGCAGGAGAAGAGUGAUUGGCACUGUGACUUAUUUCCGCUUCAUACCCCCUCACAAUAGCCUUACGGAAAGGCUGUUAAGACACAGUGGCACAUGAACCGUAAUUAUAGUCAAGAUAUAAAGUAGCCAGUUAAUCAACAUGAAAGAUGAAUG